CAAAUUUUCUAAUUGAAAGAGUUACAAACAAAUACAAUUAAAUGAACGUAUUAUUGUUUGAAUAUUAGCUUAUUUUACACCUUAAAUUUUAUACUUUAAAGAUUAUUUAAUUAAUUGGAAAAAUUAUUGAAACUAUUCGUUAAAUCGAUUUAGAAUGAAGCCUAUUCUCAUUGAUGGCGUAAACCAUUAUAAAACGAGAAAUAGCUAACAGGAUUAAGUGUAAAAUAAUUUUAAUUUAAUACUUCAAUAUCAUUGAAGAAACUUUCCCGCCUUUCAAACGUCACAUUAGCUCCAUAUGUAACAUAACCUCUAAAAUGAGAUACGUUGUACAUUCGGAGUUUACUUCGAACAUUUAUAAAAGAGAAAAAAAGAAAUUAAAUUAUUAAACAAUUAAGUUUCGAUAAGUUAAAUUAAUUUAUCUAAUAAUUAAAAGAAAAUGAAAACAUCGCGACAUAAAAAAGCUAGAAAAACUUUAGCUUUUUAUAUAAAUAAUUUUAAAUUUAGACAACCUUAUCAAGUACUUAUUGAUGGUACAUUUGCAUUUGCUGCACUUGAGAACAAAUUCAAUAUUCAAGAACAAUUACCAAAAUAUUUUCAAGCAGAAACCAAAUUAUUGACUACACCAUGCAUCAUUUUAGAAACAGAAAAAUUAGGUUCUUUUUCGAAAGCAGUUAUAGGUGCUAUGCAAAUAAUCAAAAGAUAUGCAAUUCAUCGAUGUGGACAUGAUAAGAAACCGAUAACGGGUUCCAAGUGUUUGAGUUCUAUGAUAAGAAAAAACAAUUCUUCUAGAUAUAUUAUUGCAACGCAAGAUCGUGAAUUGCAAGAGGAAUUAAGAACUAUUCCUGGUGUACCAUUGAUAUAUCUUCAUGGUAAAGCACCUACUUUGGAGGCACCUUCGGAAGCAAGUCAAAAAUAUGCUGAAAAUAUUAGAAAUGAAUUGGGAAUGAGUCCAUGGGAGAAAGAAAAUAUGAUGAUGUUAAAAAAGGAGGCGGGUUUAAUAAAUGAAAUUGAGCCAAAACGAAAGAAACAUAAGAAAGGUGGUCCAAAUCCACUUAGUUGUUUAAAAAAGAAGAAGAAGAAGAACGACGUACAAAUGGCAACAGCAGUGUCAGAAAAAAAGAAAUCUGGUAAAAUUAGAAAAAGGAAGAAAAUAAGAAUAGCAGCUCAUGUCAAAGAAGCAUUGAUUGCUGAACUUUCAAAUAAAACAGAAUUGUCGUAAUAGUAUUCAACUCAUAUUAAUAACAAUAAUGAUUGAUCAAA